GAUGCUGAAUGGGCGCGAGCGCUGCGCCGGGGGCGGGCGGGGGCGCGGGGCCCUGGACUGGAGGCCGGCCGGCGCCCCCUCCCUAGCAUGCGGACGAAGGCGGCCGGCGGCGCGGAGCGGCGUCCCCUGCAGCUGCGAACGGAGGCGGCGGCGGCGGCGGCACCUGCCGGCCGAGCAAUGCCCAGUGAGUAUAACUGUGUGAAACUGAGAAGUGAUUGCUCAAGACCCUCUCUGCAAUGGUACACCCGAGCUCAAAACAAGAUGAGAAGACCCAACUUGUUGUUAAAAGACAUCCUCAAGUGUAUAUUGCUUGUGUUUGGCGUGUGGAUCCUUUAUAUCCUCAAGUUAAAUUAUACUACCGAAGAAUGUGACAUGAAAAGAAGGCAUUACGUAGACCCGGACCGUGUAAAGCUAAAAACCACAUAUCACCCUGAGGACUGCAUUUUUUGCUGUGUAGUUAAUUAUGGCCAGAUGUGCUUCUCUCUGACUCUGCAGACCUGCGCUCACAUAGCUAAGAGAGCUCAGAAAUAUGCUCAGCAAGUCUUGCAGAAGGAAUGUCGACCGAAGUUUGCGAAGAAGUCCAUGGCGCAGUUGUUUGAGCACAGGUACAGCAUGGACUUACCGCCUUUCGUGAAGGAGGCCCCCAAAGUGAAUGAAGCCGAGUACAAGUACGAUCCUCCUUUUGGAUUCCGGAGGUUCUCCAGCCAAGUCCAGAGCCUCUUGGAGAUAUUGCCUGAGCACGACAUGCCUGAACACUUAAAAGCAAAGAGCUGUAGGCGUUGUGUGGUUAUCGGAAGCGGCGGGAUACUGCACGGACUAGCACUGGGCCAUGCCCUGAACCAGUUUGAUGUUGUGAUAAGGUUAAACAGUGCACCAGUUGAGGGAUAUUCAGAGCAUGUUGGUAAUAAAACUACCAUAAGGAUGACUUACCCAGAGGGUGCGCCACUGUCUGACCUUGACUAUUAUUCCCAUGACUUGUUUGUUGCUGUUUUAUUUAAGAGUGUUGACUUCAACUGGCUUCAAGCAAUGGUGAAAAAUGAAACCCUGCCAUUUUGGGUGCGACUCUUCUUUUGGAAGCAGGUGGCGGAAAAAAUCCCACUACAGCCAAAACAUUUCAGGAUUUUGAAUCCAGUUAUUAUCAAAGAGACUGCCUUUGACAUCCUUCAGUACUCAGAGCCCCAGUCAAGGUUCUGGGGCCGAGAUAAGAACGUCCCCACCAUUGGUGUAAUUGCUGUUGUCUUAGCCACACAUCUGUGUGAUGAAGUCAGUUUGGCAGGCUUCGGAUAUGACCUCAAUCAACCCAAAACACCUUUGCACUACUUUGACAAUCUCUGCAUGGCUGCCAUGAACUUUCAGACCAUGCACAAUGUGACAACAGAGACCAGGUUCCUCCUAAAGCUGGUCAAAGAGGGCGUGGUGAAGGACCUCAGCGGAGGCAUCCAUUGUGAAUUCUGAACACAGAGAAACCUCACUUGAAAAUGCAGCUCUGACUCUGAAGGCUGUUUUUCCUAGCCUUCUUGAUCCAUGUCAUCCUGCAAAUACUUUGAAGUGCAGCUGGUGUUUUUAACUUUUAAUUUAAAAAAAAAAAAGAAGUUUAGCUCUUCCCACUUUGCCCCCCCCCCCCACCUAUUUAUUUGAGGUCAGUGUUUUUGCACAAACUUUUGUAAGUUAAUUUUGAGAAUUGAAUGGGAAAGACUUUUCAAAGAGACUUGUAUGUAAUGAUGUUUUAUUGAAUUUUAAGAACGUUAUUUAAUUUGUAAAAACUCUGUCCAUGUCUACUGCACACAGAAUACCAGGUAAUUAAGUGGAAGGAGAAUGGAGGUCACUCCUUUGAUGAGAGUCCCGAAUGCCUGAUUCUGGUUCCUUGUUACUGUUUGGUAGGACAGAUGUCGGGGGCACUUCCAGGAUGAUGUGCUCAGUAGCUAAACCACUAGUCCUGGUUUGGCCAUGCUGCUGCGUGAGGCCUGGGCCAGUUGGAGAAGUUCACGGUCCCUUUCUGUUGUCGGGUCUGCCUUCUGUCAGAAGACUUGCAGGAAACAACCAGGGGAAACAACGUCCAUGGUCGGGGAGGGACACAGGAGACAUUUUCUAGGUCUCCUGCAUUCUCUGAAGCCACCUUAGGCUACAGAAGCCACCGCCUUCCCUGAAAUGAUGACAAAUCUUGAAUUUCUUGAGGCUUUUUUUUUUUUUUUUUUUUUACUGCCCUUCCCAAGCACUUCAGUGUUAACCUGAGGUGUUCCACUGUCUGCCUGAGGUGGCUUAUCAAAAUUAGGGUAUAAUCUUUGUUAUCCAGAGUUAUAGAAGAAUAAACCCUUUCCAAGAAUAA